UGCGAGUGCUAUAAAUAUCCACUGAUUGGCACACGUUUUCCGAAAUAUCAAACAACAUGGCAUCAUCACCAAUCCUCUCCAAACUCUCUCUGUCUCUUGUGUUAUUCUUCUUCGUGUUACUUUCACCCUCUUAUGCAACUUCUCGUUUGACCCAUCACCAUCUCUUGUCCACAACAACUUCACCACACCAAUCACGCGCAGAAAGGCUCAUAAAGGGCCUUAACCUAUUCCCUAAAGACCCAGUUAACAUAAGGAAGGGUGAUGUUGCUGCCUUUAGCCCUGGAAAGAUUGUGGAGACAAAAUUUUCGUUUCUUGGUGAUUCUGGGCCUUCUGUUGACGACCUUGGCCACCACGCAGGUUACUAUUCGCUUCCUCAUUCCAACGCUGCAAGGAUGUUCUACUUUUUCUUUGAAUCACGGAACAAUAAGGACGAUCCAGUGGUCAUAUGGUUGACUGGUGGACCAGGGUGUGGCAGUGAAUUAGCUUUGUUUUAUGAGAAUGGCCCUUUUCAUAUCACCAAUAAUUUGUCUCUUGUUUGGAAUGACUAUGGCUGGGAUCAGGCAUCAAGUAUUUUGUUUGUUGACCAACCUACCGGGACAGGUUUUAGUUAUUCUUCUGAUGAUGCUGACAUUCGUCAUGAUGAAGAGGGUGUUAGCAAUGAUUUAUAUGAUUUCUUGCAGGAGUUUUUCAAGGCACAUCCUGAGUUCGUUAAGAAUGACUUUUAUAUUACUGGAGAAUCAUACGCUGGACACUAUAUUCCAGCUCUUGCAUCACGGGUUAGCAAAGGAAACAAAGAAAACCAAGGAAUUCAUAUAAACCUCAAGGGCUUUGCUAUUGGUAAUGGAUUAACAAAUCCUGGGAUUCAGUACAAGGCAUACCCAGACUAUGCAUUAGACAAUAAAUUAAUUACCAAGGAUGAUUAUGAUAAAAUCUCCAAGUUGAUCCCGGACUGUGAGCAAGCCUCAAAAACUUGUGACACUCAAAGUGGACAAAGUUGCGCAACUGCAUUAAAUAUUUGUGAAGAAAUAUUUAAUGAUAUCUUGACCAUUGCUGAAGGCAUUAACUACUACGACAUCAGAAAGAAAUGUGUGGGAAGUUUGUGCUAUGAUUUCUCAAACGUGGAGAAGUUUCUAAAUGAGGAGGAAGUGAAGAGUGCUUUAGGUGUGGGGGAUGUGAAAUAUGUUUCAUGCAGUAGAACAGUUUAUGAUGCUAUGGGGGAAGAUUGGAUGAGAAACUUGGAAGUGGGUAUUCCUGAUCUUCUUGAGGAUGGAAUCAAAUUGCUUGUAUAUGCAGGAGAAGAAGAUCUCAUAUGCAAUUGGCUUGGGAAUUCAAGGUGGGUUCAAGCUAUGGAAUGGUCAGGCCAAAAGGCUUUUGGGGCAUCUCCUACAGUGAAAUUUGUGGUUGAUGGAGCUGAAGCAGGCGCUUUGAAUAGCUAUGGACCGCUUUCUUUCCUCAAGGUAUAUGGUGCCGGGCACAUGGUCCCAAUGGAUCAACCAAAAGCUGCACUUCAGAUGUUAAAAAGCUGGAUGGAAGGGAAACUGGGGAAAGAAGAUAUUGUUCCUCAUAAUUGAUACGCUCACCUCAAAACCAGAACCAAAAUACUCAGAUGGAUAAUGAUCACAAUUUUUUGUGCAUGAUUUCAUGUAUAAUGUUUCGAUGGUGGAUUUUAUAUAUUUUUUAACCUUUCUCAAAUUCUUGAUCUUUGUGCUCUAGUUAAACGAAUUGAGCAAUGUGCACCAUAUUCGGAUUAACUUAAUGUAUUAGAAUAUCAAUCCUAGAAUAAAUAAUUAAACAUAUUCAGCAUUAUACCAAAUGAUUGGUGGUGGAUUCAUUCCUAUGACAUUGUAAAUUAGCAGUAGCUUUG